CUUAACGAGUGUUUCGCAUUACGAGUAAGAUUCUGGAACGAAUUAUGCUCGUUUAGCGAGGUUCCACUGUACUUGUUUUUGCUGCACAAAUACUUAAUUCAUGGUCGAACUUUAGAUAAGCACACAUGGAGUUCAUCUCCAGUUGGACUGAGACCAUUUCUGUCUUCACUCUUCAUGUUUGUUAAACAAGAAAAGUUUGUUUACACAUGUCAGAAGUCAAAAACUGCUUCAGUAUGUUUAUUGCUUUGCUGUGAAUGGCAGGAUAGGUCAAUAAGUCUCUCGUGUAUGAUCAGAAUGCAGGCAACAAAGUUCUCAGGCAGAGCAGAUGAUACAGGUUAAGGGCUCCUCACCCAGUCACACACUUGUGUUGAAGGGGAGGGAAAAUAAUGUUUAGUUCUGUUUCACAUUUCUUCAAGGUUGUUUUCAGUAGGAAUAAUUAAGCACUACACCAUGAAGAUUUAUGGGGAGUGGAUGUAUAGAUCCACGUUUUCUUGACCUUAGCACUAGUUGGAGGUGAGUGGUCAGCUUCAUGCCCCAGCUACUUUACCUUUGGGGAAAUAGGUCCUGGUACCCAUGGGCGGGCCCCAAGGCUGGUCUGGAUGAUGAGAGAAAAUUCUUGAACCUACCAGGACUCGAACUCAGCCUGUAGUCAGUUGCUAUCCUGAUUCUCCUUCCUCUACUAAUCCACCAGACUUGUAAAAUGUGCUUUUUGUCCAAAUUUCCACACAGUUUUUUUUUAAAUUUUGGAGUGAACUGGUCUUUGAUAAAGUUAACCAUUUUUAUGGGAUCAUCCAAAACUUCUUGCAUUUCAUCUCCAAGAAUUUUUUGAAACCAGCACCUUUCUGGGAAUAAAGCAGUGUGUUGUGGCAUCAGGAUUUUUUUUUACAAAGGAGGUGAAAGCACUAACAGAGCGAACCAUUGAUGGGGCAGCAUCAGUACAGAUGCCUUCACAGUUCUCUUUUGUUUUCAGAUAUGAAGAGGAGAGGGAGAGUCAGUAAAUAGGUCACAAAUGAAUAUGUAACGUAAAACAUGAUAUUCGAACCUGGGGAAAACAUUUAUUUCUUGACAAAUUCCCCACCAACAUUGAUAACAUUUGCCCCAUCGCUUUACAGUGUGUCAAAACCUGCAGCAUAGAAAUCUUUUUACUGUUGUCUCAGCUACUUCUGCACCUCCAUUUCAACCUAUUGUCAUCAGUGAAACAUCAAGGACCAAAUGGUUGUAAGCAGACCAAACAUACUGAAGUUCAGCCUAAGUUCCCACUGUAGUUCUUGAAUUAUUUCCUGGCUUGCUCAGGCUCUAUGGGGUCUGGCAUUGUCUUAAUGAAGCACUACCUCAGGAAAUAGCAUCCUGAAGCUUCAAUAAAUCUUUUGGUUGAAGAGUGAAGAUUUACAGCACAUACACGGAGCUGUGCUUCAAAAUAUGGAAAAGGAUUCAUCGUACUCAGACGCUUCCACUUCAGGUGAAGAGGACGAGGUAGAUGAAAGUCAAACUGACAUGGACAAUAUCAUAGAAACUGGAAUGGCUCAAGACAGAGGAUCGCUACUUCUUGACACAGGAAGAUGCAUGACAGGUGAAAUAGAGGCCAUAAAGCGUGAGAGGGACGCCCUAAAACGAGAAAUAGAAGAAUUUCGAGACCAGUUUAAGUGUGUUUCGACACUAAAAGAUUAUGCCGACGAAGUGACAAAAGAGAGGGACGCCCUUAUUUUUGAAGCAGAGCUCAACGCUGAGAUUACGCGAAACACAAUAGAGGAGAGAGACGCCCUGAGGCUUGAAACAGAGCAGCUCAGGGCCCAAUGUAAACAGAACGGUAAACUGAAAGAACAAUUAGACUCUUUAAUGCAAAAAUGCGGGGACAUCACUCGGGAAAGAGACGCUAUGGUAUUAAAAGCCCAAAUGAUAGCAGCGGAUACAGAUGUUUUAAAAAGGGAAAGUAACGCACUAGAACUUGAAACAAAAAAUCUCCGAGGCCAGUGUGACAAAGCUGCGCUAUUGGAAGAGGAAUUAAAUGACGUAAAAGUGCAGCGUGACUUUAUUGCAAAAGAGAGAGACUCCUUCCAGUACAGAUACCGACGCUCAGAAGAGGAAUGUAAGUCCAUGGAGAAGAUUAUGGAGACCCUGAAAGUUGAAAUGGAAGAGCUCCGAACCAAGUCUGAGGAAAAUGCUCUACUGGAAAAGCAAUUGAACACUGCAAGACAGCAGUGCGAAAAUAUGAAAAAACAGAGAAACGCUUUCAUUCUAAAGGCCCAGAAAGUAGCAGAGAGUAGAGGGACCAUAAAGAUUGAGAGGGAUGCUCUAAAAUUUGAAAUAGAAAAUCUUCGAUUGACGAUUAAGGACGCAGAUAUACAGGAAAAGGAAUUAAACGCUGCAAGAAGGCUUUGCGACAAUAUCAAAAAAGCGAGAGACUUUUACAAAUUAGAAGCCAGACGGGCAGCAGGGAAUAGAGACGCCAUGAAAAAAGAUAUAAACGAUUUAAAACUUGUAAUAGAAGAGCUACGCGCCCAGUGCCAAAAGAGUUUUCUCCUGGAAAAGCAAUUGAACUCUGUAGGAGAAGAGUGUGAAAAUAUCAAAGAAGAAGGAAACCCUUUCAUACUAAGAGUCCAACACACAGCGGCGGAUAGUGAGGUCGUGAGAAAAAAUAGGGACGCUCAUAAAAUUGCAGCUGAAAUAAUGCGAACCCAGCGUUUCAAUGCAGCUCUACAGAGAGAACAAUUAAACAUUACAAGAGAAGACGGUGACAACAUCGCGAAAGAGAGAGUUUCUUUAAUACCCGAAGUCCAACACAUGGGAACGGAUAUACAAGCUAUAGAGGAGAAAUUAGACCGCGCUGCGCUACUGGAAGACAAAUGAAACGCCGUGAAAACAAUGUGACGUCAUAAAAUACGGAGAGACAAUAAAAAUAUUUGACUCCAGUGUAAGGGAUCUUACCAGCUUCUGACGUGACGGCGGUGGUGAGACGUGAGAUAUAGACAAUGUUCAUUUUGGGCGCGGCACCUUACACUUCCGUCGUCACACUGAUCACCAAGACGUCCAAGAAAGGAUGGAUGUUGAUUUCGUCUUCCAUUGCGAAUUUUAUGGUGGGUCUAAGGCUGUUGAGUGGGCAAAAAAAUUGGAAUCUUGUGGACCAUGUGGCCCAAUCACAAAAGUAUCCUCAAAGUAUCUGAGCCAUGUAGCGUAUGCGUGGUUUGCUGUGUCGAAUACCAUCUCCUCAAACUGUUCAAUAAACACAUUAAUGGCCGCCGCGACAGUCAGCUGCUCCUUGCUUUUCCGUCUGCAUGCCAAUAGAAUUUAUCCUCAAACUGGUAAUGCGUAGUUCCUAAACACAUGCCCAGUAAUUCCAUGAUAUUUCAACCUGCUUGGAUGAACGCUCUGAGAAAGAAGCAUCCACAUUAAUUUAUUUCUGAUGACUUGUAAGCCUUCUUCCGCUGGUAAAGUGGUGACCACACUGACAAGGUCGAAAUUUACAACGGAGUGUACGUCCUGAAGGUUAAACUCCUGUUUUCGUUUGGUAGGACGGAGACAGCGCCCAGUCACCAAGAUGUCCCUUUUUGAAAUAAAAACACGACAAUGGAUGGAAAUGAUAAUUAUGGCAGGUGAAUGUGGAGCAGUCACAGAAUUGACAAAUGGCAGGCGAAAGUCUGCCGCAGAACCACUUUGUCCGUCAGAAAUCCCACGUCACCCUAACCGUGAUUAAACUCGAGUCUCCGCGGUGGGAAGCCAGAGGCUAACCAUCUGAUCUGUGGCACGACUAACAUCCUCUCAUGCUGAUAUACGUCAGCAUAGUUCGGUGGCAGGUAUCUUCUCUCAUCCGCUCCUUUAACUUUUAAAUGAAAGUUAAAAAAAGUGGUGGUUACACAAAACAUUAACAGCAAAAUUUUAAAUGUUGAGUUAAUCUUUUAUGAGAGGCCACCUUUGUUUCAAUGUAGGAACCUACAACACUAGAGCGAACCGUGAAAAUAUUCUUAAACGCCUUAAACUUAAGUCUGAAAGCAAGAACAAGGCGCAAGAAGAAAAUCGUACUGCCGCAUCAUACCUGCCCCGCUUAUGUAGUGGGCUCACACUAUGCAGAGACAUUUGGUGGAGUAAUUGGAGCACAAUGGAUUGCAGAGAACUCUUAACUACCGGUUAUGUAAAUGUCGAUAAGCAGGAGCCUCACACUGCGGUCGCUUCUACCACCAGAAAAUCACGUCAACACUUACUGGUCCCAAAGUUUUAAAGAGAUUUAUCACAAAAUAUAGCAUUUUCCAUUGGAGUACAAUCUUAAUUUUUAUGUUUUAAUCUCUCGUCUCUAAUUUUUAUAAUUUAUUAUCUGAGUAUUCUGAAAUCUUAACUGAAAGACUCAGUUUAUGCAUUUAAAACACUCCAUGUGCACAGUAAAGCUCCUUAUUGAAGAAUUAGAUGCAAAUUGUUAAAUGCAAUUCAGCAACUGAGUCUGGUAUCAUUGAACGCCUAUUAAUGACCCAGUAUAAGGGUCGA